UCACUCAUUUGGCCAGUCACGGGGCCAAAACCAGUGUUUGGAGCCACAGUGUGGCGGUGGAGCCAGCAGCAAUGGGAGGCCAUACAGCAACCUAUGACAAAAUGGAAACAGCAGGAGUGUGGGAGACCUGAAAGUGGCACAUGGCAGAGUGGGAGCAAUGGGAGGCGGUACAGGGACCCAGGUCACACUGUGGGCUCAGCAGCAGCGUGACCAGGCGGUACGGGGGCCCAUGGCCGAUAUGGGGCCUGGCGGCACCUAUGGAAGGCCUGUAAUCUGCCAGCAACCUAUGACAAAAUGGACAACCGCAGGAGUGUGAGGAGAUUUCAAAGUGGCACAUGGCAGAGUGGAAGCAAUGGGAGGCCGUACAGGGACCCAGGUCACACUGUGGGCUCAGCA